CCUGUCGCCUUGAGAGAUCCCGAUUUAUCCUCCACUUUUCCCUCCAGCUUUAAAUCCCCAGUUUCCAACACUGACUAUUUUGUGACGGUCUCUCUUGGGAAAAGGGUUCCCUUUUUUGUAUCUUUCUUAUCUGAAACCAUUUUUUAUUUAUUUUUUUUGUUUUUGUUUUUCGAUAAAUGACCUGCAUAUAAGAGAAACCCACACGUUCUCCAGUUCGAUAAACAAUUUCGUCAUCUAUUGAGUGUCUAUCCUAAAUUAAUCGGUUUAAUUCCCUCGAUUCAUUUAACCUCUUAAUUGUUCUACUACCAAUUAUUUACCUUACUUAACCUCGGUAAGCUUUCCGUGUCCCCCCAAGCUGGGAACUUUUUUUUUUUUCGGUCUGGGGAGUUCCAGCCAGCCUCCUCGUUCAAUAAACAAACAGUAGCUCAGCUCCUCCCCCCCCUGUUUCUUUAGUUCCUGGCGGGACUUUUUCUUUCUUCUCCAACCCCAUAAUCAAUCUCUCACCGAUUUUCUUAUUCCCCUCUUAACCCACAGCGCCCCAUAUCCAACUAGACCGCGUCCGCCGCAAUUGUACCCGUUGCCGUCAAUUCCGAGAACCGAUCUUAUCAUCGUUACCCUCGUGUUCUAUUGCCGACGCAACCGCAGCAACCGCCAUCAUGUCCGUGAAAUUUCAGGAUAGGUUCCAGGACCAGGUCGCGCAACAGGUCACGCAACAGGUCACGGAACAGAUUAAGGGCCAGGUCCAGGGACAGUUUCAGGAGGAGGCCGCAAAGUCAAUUCGCCAAGAUACAAAGGAAUUGGUGCACAAGGUCGGCGAACGCUUGACUGGCGGAAACCCUCAGAAUGGCUAUAUGGCUAUGUACCUGCGUCAGCUGCAGAAGAACCCUCUGCGCACCAAGAUGUUGACGUCGGGUGUGCUUUCCGCAACUCAAGAAUACUUGGCCUCGUGGAUCGCGAAUGAUGUCAGCAGGAAUGGGCACUACUUCAGCGCCCGUGUUCCUAAAAUGCUUCUCUACGGCAUGUUUGUCGCUGCCCCACUGGGCCACUUCCUCGUGGGCAUCCUCCAAAAGAUCUUUGCCGGCCGCACAAGCCUGAAGGCCAAGAUCCUGCAGAUUCUUUUUAGCAAUCUCAUCAUCUCCCCCAUCCAAAACGUGGUGUACCUAUCGUCGAUGGCCGUCAUCACUGGCGCGCGCACCUUCCAUCAGGUUCGCGCCACUGUUCGCGCUGGUUUCAUGCCCGUCAUGAAAGUCAGCUGGGUCACUUCCCCUCUCGCACUUGCGUUCGCGCAGAAGUUCCUCCCCGAGCACACUUGGGUGCCAUUCUUCAACAUCAUCGGUUUCUUCAUUGGAACUUAUGUCAACACCCACACGAAGAGAAAGCGCCUCGAGGCCCUGAAAAAGCGUUACGACCAACGUCGCGCCGGCCCAGGCAGUGAUUUCGAGCCCAAGGGCUACUAGUAAAUGUAUAUAGAUUCAGACCCUACCCAUCCGGCCCAAGCGGAACGACCCGAACGCCUUCCAUAAUCCUCGGCCCGCCCACACCAUACCUCGGUUGAAUAGAUGCAAUACGUUGCCUCAAGGAAAAGCAAGCCGAAGGCACGGACAAUCUAUUUCUUCCCCCUCUCCGCCCCCAAUUACCCCUUUCGCAUGUUUGAUUGAUUACAUUCUCAUGUUCUAUUCUGAUCUGGCCCCAAGACCAUUCCCUAUCUUGUGUCGUGCCGAGAUGAAGAUAUGUUUGACCGUCACGAUGUAUGUUUUUCUUAGUUUCUGUCUGCAGCUGUCGAUAUACAUAACUUGAUAGUCCAUAGUGCUGCUGUCUACCCUUUGCAAUGUCAAAUUACAUAUUACCUUCAAUACCUGUCCUUAGUCUUUGAUAGUUAAGAAACUAGGGCGUUCUACUGCAAA